AAAAUGUGAACACUCAAAAGAUAUAACCGCUUAGUGUUUUUUAUGUGAUAAUCAGAAACUAACCGUUGGAAUCAAAAUUAUUAACGGCCUAAACUCAAGAGCAGGUACAUAUGUGCAUUCAUACAUGUGUAUGUACAAACUAUAAUUAUAAUAAUAAAACUGAUAAACAUUGGAAGUAUAUACAUAUGUGCUUAUGAUGUACAUAGAUUUCUUAAAUUUUUUUUUCUUUAUUGCUUUGAGUUUAUUCAAAACUGUAAAAAAUAGAGAAAUUAGUGCCGUAUAUAGAAAUGCCGAACUUGAACUAUACUCAUUGCAGGAGAAAAUAAGAGCAUAUGCUAAACAGCUCUUUGAUAAAUUUAUUAAUAAUAUUAACCAGUUUAUCAACCGGGAAAACGCUAUUGAGAUUAUAUGCGAUAAGUUUGUAAGUGUCAACAUAUGUAUGUAUGUAUGUAUGUAUGUAUGGUCGUUUGAAAUCAAAGCAAAAAAGGUGCGUCCGCUGUCACGUAGAGUUGUUCAUUUAUAUACAUAUGCUAUAAACAUAUAUAUUUAUGUAUAUACACAACUAAGUCGUCAUAGGAAGAGCGAGAACCGAGAGUUUGCAAAUGUUUAUCAGGUGGAGGAAGGUGGCGGUGGGCUCGUAGAAAUAUCAGUACGACAAUCCACCGCGUGAAGUAUUCAACCGACAGCUGAUAGUUUAGUUCAUUUCGGCAAUUCGUAAAGAAAAGCAGCUAAAGAAACCAGCGGCUAAAUUCUAAAAAUUUAAAAAAAAAGUGUCAAAUAAAACAAAAAUAUUUCAUAAAACUACAGAAAUAUGAGUGAUUGGUUAAAAAUCAUAGGCGCAGUUGUGCUUCCAAACGUUGGUGGUGUCAUCAACGGCAUAAUAACGCGAAAAAAUAUACAAACAUGGUACAAGAAUCUAAAUUUUCCAUCAUACCGGCCGCCAAACUGGAUAUUUGGACCGGUCUGGACAUCGCUUUAUUCAGGUAUGGGCUAUGCUUCAUACCUAGUGUGGCGUGAUGGUGGUGGCUUUACCGGUGAGGCGCAGUUACCGCUCAUUGCCUACGGUACACAGUUGGCACUCAACUGGGCAUGGACUCCAAUUUUCUUUGGAUAUCGUAAUAUCAAAGGCGGGCUCAUCGAUAUUAUUGCGUUGACCGCAACAUCCACAGCCUGUGGCAUACUUUUCUAUAGGGUUAAUAAAGUGGCUGGUCUUUUGUUCGUUCCGUACAUUGCUUGGCUGAGCUUCGCAACAGUACUCAAUCAUGCCAUGUACAAAUUGAAUCCUGACAGUAAGGCUGUGACGGCUCCAGACACUGAGGAGAAAAAGGAUGUUGUAUGAUGUCAUUUUACCGCUGCCUCUACCGCUGCAAUCAUGGCAACAUCGCUCCUUAACUAUGAUGCAUUUAAUGCAGUACACAUGUUCCACAACCUUAAAUAAAUAAUUAAACUAUUCAAAUAUGAAAUAAUAGUUAUAAACAUGUUAAGAGAUCGAUGUCAAUUUGUAUUAAGAGAAUCUAUAUGCCCACAAUCUCAAAAUAAUUCCAGUACUUUUUUAUAUCUUUGUUUUACACACAAGUUGCCUAAAAAAUCGUACUAAUGCCUGUGGCAUAAUGCUAUGUGGGUUAUGUUAUAAAUAUUAAGCAAGGAAUGUUAAAGGAAUAAAAUUGUAUAAAGCUCAAAAA